UCGCUCACACUGAUCUUUUGUUUGUAAGAGGGAAUCUGUGAAGAUUCUGUUAUCAAUUAUUUUCGGCAAUGUUCAGAUCUCAGUCCUGGGUUUGUUUGUACUUGAAAUUCUUAUCAAUUUCUUUCAUCUGUCCCUCCACAGAGAAAAAAAAAUGCAUCUAAAGCUUGUGAUCUUCAUCUUGUCACUCUCAUCAACUUUAGGUAUUUAUUAUUCCUCAAAGAUUUACUUUGAAAAAAAAAUGUUGUAUUGUUUUCUGAUGUAUGUUUUCUUGGUCUGUAGCAUACCCUCUACGCGGUGACACAAGGGAGGCGACCUGGUUUGACUCAAAGGGGAACCAGGCUCAUGACAAGACAGACCUUGCAAAAAACGUUGAUAAGCUUUAUAAGAGCAUCAUUGACAAAAGUGAUCUUUACAACCAUGAAUCUGAUGACACCCUGAAUCCUGUGGCAGAGGAGAUGAAGCACAAGCUCACUAUGGAGUCGGAGCGCCUGCGGGUCCGUCUGCAGCAAGAGCUGGCCGAGCUGCGGGAGAGGUUGUCCCCAUCUCCGGCCCAACUCAGCGCCACCUUGGCCAGCAUGAGAGAGCGUUUGAACCCUCUCACCCAGCAGCUUCAGAGCUCGGUCAGCAGCAACACCCAAGGUCUGUGCAGCCAGCUGAAGCUCUAUCUGCAGGGCAUGGAGACAGCAGUUGCUCAGGCAGAGGCCAGCCCAACUUUCUACCAGGAAGUUUUCCACUGGAUCAGCCAAACCCUGAGGCACAGCAGCCUGCAGUUGGCCAACAUGAUCAAUGAAUUCCAUACCACUGCUAGUGGCGUGAUUGAACAUUUGAAACAGACAAGCGAUCCUGAGGGAGAGGCAGCUGACUCAAAGGUCUGGCAGGAAAUGAGCUCCAGGUUGGGACACGAAGUGAGUUUACUGAAGGAGGAGGCAGAGAACAGGGUCGGGGCCCUUCAAGCACAGCUUGCAGCUCUGCUAGAAUCUGCACAGCCUCGUGAAGCUGAAGUGGCAGGCACCAUGGAGCAGUUCUGCCAAAGUGCAGCAGAGCAGAGCCAAGAGCUCCAGGGCCGGAUGGAGAGGGUGCUGGUUGCCGUGGAGGAGGAGGUUCGGGGAGCCUCCGUCCUGUCUCUGCCUUCUUCUUGGUCCACGGACCAGGGUGGGUCUUUACAAGGGGACUUCUCAGUUAAACUCUCUGCCCUGAUCCAAGAUAUUCUGCACUCUGUGCGUUGAUAUGAAUACACUUUAGCUGAGGCUAAAUCACAUUAAGAGACUCAUCCUAUACACUCAUAGCAAGCUCAUUGUAAAUAUUUGUGAAUAUGUUAAUUUGACCGUUUUUUUUUUCCACUUCCACUUUCCACUGUUUUCUGUACCAUGUUCAAAAGGUGCUGCCUUGUGAUAGAUAGUAGGUGAGAGAAAAGUUGGGUAUUUUUUUCAUACUAGUGUAAAGUUAGUUUUAAGUUGUUUUUUUUCUAUUUCAGUCACUGUGCGUAGUGCCAGCUAGUUAAUAAUGCAAAAUUAAUCUGCUUUAAAUUUUCAUUCAUUUUUAUUUAAGACAGACACUCCAUUUUACUCAAAAGUGCUUUAAGCAAUGGAUUAGAGAUUAUGUGCAAUACAUGUUGCAGAGAGAUGUACAUUUAUUAUAAAAGAAAACGUAUACCUUCAUUAAAGUUUCUGUGUUUUUUUUCAAUAGCUUACAGAACUAACUUUUCUUUUUCACAGUUCAGGUUUACUGUUCCUUCCUAACUGUUAAGUGACUGUUAAAUGCACUAGUACACACAUGUAAAAUAAAAAUAAUUAAAAAAUAAAAAGCACUUGCUUGAAUUACAUGGUCACUUGUCAAGAACAUCUGGUAUUAAGAUUAAUCAACAACAAAAAUCUAAUUUUGUGCCCUAAAUUACAACCUGGCAAGAGAUAAAAAGUCCAAGACAAUUUGAAAGCUCAUUCAAAUGCUUGAGAUCGUCCUCCAACCCAAUAAUACUUCUUCAGGACAAACCAGCCACCAAGAACCAGUAAGGCAGCAGCAGCUGAUCCAAACACCAUCCCCACCACCAGACCUGCCACGUCUACGUCAUCCUUCCCUGGAGCCACAUUAUUACCUGAUACACACAAACAGAGAUCAGUGAUUACAUUACAACAAAUAUUUCUGGAUUUUUUGUGUAACCUGAUUAAAAACAAAUAAAGGAUAC